CCACUUUCUCUUUUUCUCCUCAAUUCUAUUGUUUCUUUUCUUUUUGGGGGUUAACCCUUCUCCCCUCUCCCCUUCUUGAGUUCAUCUUUGUCCCUCUUCCUCCUUCUCUACUGGAGCCUAUAGUGGCAGAACACAAUUAGGUAGAGUGAGAAAGAGAGAACACAGUUAGGUAGAGUGAGAAAGAGAGAAGAGAAUACAAUGGAGUCUCUUGACACUGCAGCAUGGCUUGUGGAUGACCUACUUGACUUUUCUGGCGUUGAAGAAGAACAACAACAGGUUUUAAAUGUAAAACAAGAAGCUGAUGAGCACAAAACCAACAACACCAAGAGCAACAUAACUCUCUCUUCUUCUUCUUCUUUGCCCAUGGACUCUAAACUCUUAAAGGAGGAAGCUUUACCAGACAUUUAUGACCCAAACAAAGAAAACCCUGAUUUCUUUCCUCUGUUAGAGGAAGAAUUAGAGUGGCUAUCAAAUGAAAACGCAUUUCCAUCGAUAGAAACUUUUCUGCCAGUGAAACCCAACAUUGUCACAAAGCAACAAAGUCCUGUUUUGGUCAAGCCUAAGCCUGAGAGUAGCAGUGUUAGUAGCGGUAGCAGCAGUACUAGCAGUAGUGGAAUAAUGUGUUGUGGGACACUCCAAGUUCCAGUUCGUGCAAGGAGUUCGAGACGGAGACGACGACCCAGUGGUUUCCUGGAUGGUCACCAAUGGAGUACUAUUUGGUCUGAAUCUUCUGAUAUUGAGAAGAAGAAAAAAAUAAAAAGGCCAAGUAUUACAUCAGGAAGGAAAUGCACACACUGUUUAUCAGAGAAAACACCGCAAUGGCGAGCAGGUCCUCUGGGACCAAAAACGCUUUGUAAUGCAUGUGGAGUAAGGUACAAAUCAGGAAGGCUUGUGCCAGAGUAUCGCCCAGCGUGUAGUCCAACGUUCACGACUGAGUUGCAUUCGAACUCCCAUAAGAAAGUAUUGGAGAUGAGGAGGCUAAAGCAGCAGAUGAUGUUGCCGUCCGUGGAUGCAGGGUAACAUUAUACAUAUUAUGUUGUUUUAGCAUAGGAUAGAGUGGUAGUUAGACUUGUUAUGGUGAAUAAAAAUACAUAUUAUGUUGUUUCAGCAUAACAUAGAAUCGUAGUUAGGUUUGUUAUGAUGGAUAGAUACGUGGUUUGAUUUCUUUUCAUAAUUUUGGUAGUUUUUUUCAUUUCUUUUGACUUGAUCGUUAAUAGAUAAUCUUUUUGUUUCAUCUGUUGUAUUUUCUUUUAUUCUUCUUAUUUAGUUGUUGCUGGAAUUCAUAGAAUUAAGUGUCAUUGAUGCUUUGAGGUUUUAAACUUUGUCUGUGAGCAUCUGAGUAAGAUUAUGAUUCAAAAGGCUUUGUUUGAACAGUAUAAGCUGCUAUUAGGGACAUCUUGAAGAACAUUUAUAUC